AAGCCCAGCUCAUUGUUGGCGAGUGCCGCUGCCUCUCGCUGAGCAGUGAGGGAAGCGUCGGCUCUGCAGCAGGAUCGCAUUACACAGGCUGACACAAAAGGCAGAGCUGCCGGAUCCACCUAUCUGCCGGGAUCCAGCCCCUGAUCCCCUCCGAGCAGCAGUUUAGGAUCACUCCCGGGGUGUGCAAUGGCAGACCAUAUGAUGGCAAUGAAUCAUGGCCGGUUUCCAGAUGGAACGAAUGGUCUUCACCACCACCCUGCUCAUCGGAUGGCAAUGGGUCAAUUUCCAAAUCCUCCCCAUCAGCAGCAGCAGCAACAACAGCAGCAACUUGCCUUUAACAGCCUGAUGGGAGAACACAUGCACUACAGCACGGGGAAUAUGAACUCCAACAAUGGUAUCAGGCACGCCAUGGUGGCCGGGAAUGUAAACGGUGGGCAUCCUAAUGGCAGUAUGGCACCGGCUGCGAGGUUUAACAAUUCACAGUUUAUGGGACCUCACGUUACAAAUCAAGGAGCUCAGCUUACGGCUAGUAUGCAGCUCCAGAAGCUGAACAACCAAUAUUUUACCCAUCAUCCUUACCAACACCACUAUAUGCCGGACUUGCAUCCUGCAAAUCAUCAGAUAAAUGGGACAAACCAGCAUUUCAGAGACUGCAAUCCAAAGCACAGCACUGGCAUGCCUCCGUCGGUGAGCCACGUCCCUGCAGCAAUGCUGCCUCCUAGUGUUAUAGACACUGACUUCAUAGACGAGGAAGUUCUCAUGUCCUUGGUGAUAGAAAUGGGGUUGGAUCGUAUAAAAGAACUACCAGAGCUGUGGCUGGGACAGAAUGAAUUUGAUUUUAUGACAGACUUUGUUUGCAAACAGCAGCCCAACAGAGUGAGCUGUUAGGCCUGGAGUGAAAAAUACAAAGGACUUUGAACAUUCCUCCUUGGACAUUGAAUCUUGCUUCCAGAGUCCACUAUUAAUCUGUACAGAAUAUAUAUAUUUUUCCUUUUGAUUCCUGCAUUUUUAUUCCUCAUUUCCCACCCCUCCUCCCUACCCCACUGCCUUGUUAAAUGAGCCACUAUUUAUGCAGAUAGUGUUUCAGCAGAUUUUUGUCUCGGUCUCGUCGUCCAUGUACGGUGUUUUUGACGAAGUCCAUUUCAGUUUAUUUCUUUGGACUGCAUCAACAGGAGAGAAAAUUGUUGGUUGCAUGAACCUUGACAGCAGGUCUCGUGCUGCACUAAUGCUGCCAUCUUGCUUCAGUUAAUCUAUGCAUUGCUGUGCACCAUUUUAGACUUUUUUUUUUUUGUUUGUUUUUUUUACUGGAAGUUUUAACAUGUGGGCCAUGCCUUGCUGGAUUAGGAGAAGUCCUACGGUUUAAUUUUUAUUUUUGUGACCCGUGUUUCACUCGUGUACAUAUGACAAUAAGGGUGGAAUGUAAUCAGUGUAAAACAUUUCACAAAUGCGUUUUUUUUAUUUUUUCCCCUAAAAAAAUGUUUGACACUGUGCUAAUAUAGUUAAUUUAGUUCAUGGAAAAUACUACUGUGUUGAAAAGCUUUUUAGGAAAUUUUGACAGUAUUUUUGUAUUAAACUUUUUUUUUUUUUUGAGAAAAUACUUGUUAAUUUAUUCUAUUUUAAUUUGCCAAUGUCAAUAAAGAGCUGCAACGUGCACUAUUCUA